AUGUCUAAAGAAAUGAAAAACGUUGAAGAUAACCAAAAAGAGGUGAAAAUUAAUUCAGAUAUUCAAGAAACAAAAGAAGAAGAAAAUAAAAACAUAGAUGAAAUAAAAAAUGUACCAGUAAUAAUUAAUAGUAAUAAGAUUAAUAAAAAAGAUAACAACUAUAUAAAAAAGAAGAAUUCAAAAAAAACCAAAAAUAAUUUUAUCCAUAUAAAAAAUAAAAAUGUGGAAGAUUUCUAUUCUUAUCAAAAUAAAUCGAAAUAUAAAAUUUUAAAUUAUAUUAAUAAUUUUAAAUACAAUUUUUCAAUAAAAAGAUAUUUUAAAAUUCUAGUUAAUGUUUCUCUUUUAAAUUAUUUACCUCUUCAUUUACGUAAUAUAUCAAAUAAAGUAUAUAUAUUUGGUUUAUGUUUAAACUUAAAAAAUCCUGAUGAAAUGAAAAUUUUCCUCAUUUUGUGUAAAUCAAAAAUAUUAUUUACUUAUAGAUCUAAUUUUCUAAUAAGAAUUAAUGACAAUAAUCUCUACAGAAGUAAUAAUAGUAUGUUACUUGAUAAUCAUGAUUCACAAGGUAAUACAUUAACUUAUGAUAAUACUACAUAUAAUAAUAGUAAUAUAACCAUUAAUAAUAAUAAUAGUAAUGUAACCAUUAAUAAUAAUAGUAAUGUAACCAUUAAUAAUAAUAGUAAUGUAACCAUUAAUAAUAAUAAUAAUAGUAAUAUAUCUAUUAAUAAUAAUAAUAAUAGUAAUGUAUCUAUUAAUAAUAAUAAUAAUAGUAAUGUAUCUAUUAAUAAUAAUAUUAUUAUUAGUACCUCUUCAAAUACUACUAACAGUAGUGAUAAUUCACUACCCAUUUUAUGCCAACAAUAUGAACAUAUAGAAGAACAGGAGUAUUUAAUAUAUAUAUCAAAAAAAAAAAAAAAAAAAAAAUUAAAGAAAAAAAAAAAAUAUUAUAAGCAAAGGAUUAUAAACUUCACAGAUAUACCAGAAUAUUUUCUAAAAAAAAUUUACAUUGAUGACAAAGAAUGUUUUUAUAUAAAUUUGAAAAAAUUAUCAAAAGGAGACAACGAUACAACAUAUACUUAUAGAAAAAAACAUUCACAAGAAAUCAAAGAAAAUUAUUCUCUCCAAAAUGAUAUAAAUAAAAAAACUAAAGAUGAGAUAUAUGGAGACACGUGUACUUAUACAACUAGCGAAAGUAAUAAAACCAUUUUAUACUUUGACAAUUCUCAAAAAAGUAAUUCGGCUGAUAAUAAAGAAAUGAAAAACAAAAAUAUAUCUAAGGAUAAUAUGUACAAUUAUAGAGAAGAAAAGAAGAAAAUCAUAAAAAAUAAACCUGAAAAUAAUACAUAUGAUGAUAAUGUGGAAUAUUUAAACAACUCUGAUAAUGAUAGGAACGAUCCAAAUGAAGAAAUGAAAAAAAAAAUUAAAAAAAAAAUAAAUAAUAAUAAUAAUAAUAUAGAAAGUGAGGCAACUAUAAAAAAUAUCAAUAUUAUUAAGACCAAAAAGAAUAGUUUAAAAAUAUUACAUUCUCGUAGUAAGAAACAUUCAGUUUUAAAAAUCAAAAAAAAAAAAAAUAACAUAAUUAAGAAUAAUAAUAUUAAUAUUAAGCAAUAUUUAAAAUAUGUAAAUCAAAAUAUAACCAAUUCACAUGUUUAUGAAAAAGAUAAAAAAUAUAUAUGUAUGAGUGAUAAUGGUUGGGGAUGUAUGAUAAGAGUAAUACAAAUGGUUUUAGCCAACAUAUUAAUACAUUUUAAUAUAUCUAAAAGAUAUGUUUAUUUUCAUAAUGUAAAUGAUUAUAUAUUGUAUAAAAAUUAUCUUAACAAAUUAACAUGUACAAAUAAGGAAGAUAAAAUAAUACAAAUAGAAGAAACAAAAAUAAAGCAAGAUAAAGAAAUGUUCAUUUCUUUAAAUAAUAAAAAUAAGGAUAUUACAAAAGAUGUGGAAAAACAUAACAAGGAUAAUCAAUCUAAAUCGAAUGAAUGUAAUUUAAAUAAAAGCACUUCACAAAAUAAUAAGGAAUCUGACGUUUUAACGAUUCACACACAAUCAAAUAUGAUUAAUAGUAGUAAUAAUAAUAAUAUUAAUAUUAAUAGUAGUAGUACAAUUAGUAUUAGUAACAACUUUUUUGUACCUGAUUUUUUUAAACAAGCAUAUUACAAGUCAAGUAUCAAAACAGAUGAUUUACAAUGUGAGAAACAAAUUACUUUAAAUGAUACUAAUAUAAAUGAAAGUCAAGGAAGUGAUAUAUAUAACAUAAAUAAUGUAGAAAAUAUUGCAAAUAAAUAUAAUUCUUUUGGUCUUCAUCAUUGUGAAUAUUAUAAUAAUUUCCUUUUAAAUAAUAAUAAUAAUAAUGAAUCAAACACAGAAAAUAUGCAUAUAAAUAAUUCAUUGAUUUAUUCUAUACUAUCAGAAUUUAGAGAUUUAGAACAAGGAAAGUAUUCCAUACAAAAUAUUAUUUAUGAAAUGAUUAAAUAUAAAAAAAUAGAUGAGAAGCAAAUAGAACAUUUUGUUCAUGAUUGGCUUGGUCCAACAAGUAGUGCAAUUAUAAUUACCAAUUUAAUUAAUAAAAAAAAAGUUCGAUUUGUAAAAAAAAAUAAAAUAAAAAAUAAUAUCAGAGGAACUAAUAUUCAUAUGGAUAAAAAUAUAUGUAUAGAAAAAGUAGAAAAAGAAUUAACAAAUGAAACAAAUGAUAGUAACCAAAUAUAUAAAUUAUUAAAUCAGAAGAAAAAUAUAAAUAUAUCUAAAUCUGAUGACAACAUAAAAAAUGACAAUAAAAAAUAUAAUAAAUUAUCUAUUUUAAAAGAAAGAAAAAAAAAAAAAUACACAUUUUUCUCUGUAGCAUUUGAAACAGGUGUUAUAUAUAACAAUAAAGUUUUAAAAUUUUUCCAGAUAAAACAAGAUAUAUUUAUAAUCAUAUGGAUAUGUUUAAAAUUAGGUAUAGAUUCAUUAAACGUUUCUAAAUAUAAAAAAUCACUACUUUCUUGUUUUCUUUUAAAGCAGUUUCAAGGAAUUAGUAGUGGAAAUACUAAUACGAGUGCUCAUUAUUUUUAUUCAGCAAAUGAUAAUGGUCUUUUUUAUUUAGAUCCACAUAUAAAAUGUCAGAAUGCUUUUACUGAUUUUAAUAGAAAUAUAAGUUCCGAAUUUUUUAUGCACAAAGUAAAAUUUUUACCUUGGGAAUAUUUAAAUUCUUCAUUGUCACUCAUUUUUGUAGUACAAUCAAAGGAUGAUUAUUUCAACCUAAUUCAGAAUUUAAAAUUAAUCGAUUCAAGUUUAUUUGAAAUAUAUCAUGAGGAACCCCAAUAUGUUUAUAAAAAUGAACUAAAUUAUGACACGGAUGAUUCAGGAUUAGUUGUGUUAUAA